UUUGAGUGGCGUCUUUAUUAGGGCACUUUAGUGCUGCUGGAAGCAUCAAUAUUUGUGUGCAGGGAGCCGGAAAAAUUAAAUACACUGUUUUUUAAAAACUCGUUUUACAAGUUCUAAAUUAAAAAAAUCGAGUAUCAAGUCCAGUCAUGAGGAGGAGGCUCCUACCAGAAACUGAAGCAUGAAUCUUCUUUGUCAAUAUCAGCAGAGGCGCGUUUUCACAGCAAAACAAUAGCUAUAAACUACUCUGCCAAAACGGAGUUCGUUGUUCUCAUCGCUGUUUUUGUUUUUUAGUCAUAUGUAAAGAAAUUAUUUAUUGGUAAAGUGAACAAGACGCACCGGGAAAUUGGAAUUACUACUUUGCAGAAGGACGCAGGUGCUGAGAGUAAUCAGGUUUCAUCAUUAUGGAAGGAAAUGCUCGCCGAGACGCAGAGCGCCCAGAGGACUCCGGAGAGGAGUCCAACCCGGUCAUCCUGCCUCUCCUCCAGCCACCUGGCAACCAGCAAUCCCACAGGAUCACAAACUUCUACAUCGACAACAUUUUGAGACCAGACUUCGGCCGAAAGAGGAAGGAUGGAAGGACUUUGGUUCGGGAGGGAGACAGUCUGGGAGUGAUCCGACGAGGAGAGGAGCUGACAGGCAGAAAGGCUUCCAAAGCUGGCAGCCCUCAGCUGGGUGGAGCAGGAGGAGAGAAGGAGGACUCGGGGACGUCCGACGACCAGCAUCUGGACACUGAGGCCGGGAGGCCUGACCUGAUAGCCGGUGGUGUGGCAGUGAAGGAGCGGGGGGACGGCGGGGAGCGCUGCCGCAGCCCGGAGGCCAGCACGGCCCCAGCAGCCAAGCCGAUGCUGUGGCCAGCCUGGGUUUAUUGUACCCGCUACUCAGACCGGCCGUCAGCAGGGCCCAGAUCCCGCAAACCAAAGAAAGCGCCGAUCCCGACUAAAGAGGACAAGCGGCCCCGGACAGCCUUCACCGCGGAGCAGCUCCACCGGUUGAAAACGGAGUUCCAGAACAACCGGUACCUGACUGAGCAGCGGAGGCAGAGCCUGGCCCGGGACCUUGGCCUCAACGAGUCUCAAAUCAAAAUCUGGUUUCAGAACAAGCGGGCCAAAAUCAAGAAAGCCACGGGGAAUAAAAACUCUCUGGCGCUGCAUCUCAUGGCGCAGGGACUGUACAACCACUCCACGGCGAAGGACGACAAGUCGGACAGCGACUAGCCGA